CGAUUUGUUUUCAAUUUUUGAAUCAUUGUGGUUGUAAGAUGGCAGAAGGUGCAGGGAAGGGAGAAAAUCCUGAAAGUAGGAAAGAACUACAGGUUCUCAUUGAUCAAAUCAACUCAGAACCACAUUACAGAGUGAUUCCGAAAGAUGAGUAUGAGAUGUUAGUUAAGAACAGUCACAUGUCGACUAAGCCUCCCAUAACAAGUACCCCUAGGGCUCCCUUUGCUCAUUUAGGUAUUGGUGCUAAGCCUAAAUUUUCACCUAGAGUAUCCUUACCAACCCCUGGGUUACUUAAUACAUCUGCUCUAUAUCAGAACCCCAAUUCAAACCCUGUGAAUCUCUCUACAUACCAGAACCCCAACCCAACCCCUGUAAAACUCCCAACAUUUAGUGGAGAACAAAUUCAAAAGGGUGAAGUAAGUUUUGACGUGUGGUCAUAUGAAGUUAGAUGUUUAAAAACUCAGUAUCCUGAAAGUGUUAUUUUACAGUCUGUUAGAAGCUCUUUGAAAGGUACUGCCAGGGAGAUGCUGAUUCCUCUCGGAGAAACAGCGACAGUUGACAUCAUUCUUCAGAAACUUGAUGACUUUUACGGAAACGUCUACACUGCAGAAAACAUUAUGCAGAGUUUCUACAGUGAUUACCAAAGAGAAGACACAAACUCAGAAUUCCUUUAGUGGAAAUAGGGGCAAUUCCUAUGGCUACAGGAAAAGUGACCAGCGUUUUCGAGGAAGAGGAAGUUUCCGACAACAGUCUGGUAAUAACAGAGGUUAUGGUAACAACCAAAGAGGUAAACCUUUAAACUAGUUUCAUCUUCUGUUGCGGGGCGAACAGGAGAUAAAUUCAAGAAAAGCCCUUACUCAACAAAACCACAAAAUGGAAAUUUGUUGGACAGACUAGUUGGUGGUUCUAACGAAUCAGAAAUCAUUGUUUCUGGAGUAAAGACAAAAGCACUUAUUGACUCUGGCUCAGUUGUUACUUGUAUAUCAGAAGAAUUUUAUAAUUCAUUACACCCAAAGCCAGAACUUUUCAGUAUUACAGAAUUUGGAUUAAGUGUACAUAGUGCUAAUGGGGGUGAAUUACCCUACAGAGGAUACAUUGAAUUAGACAUAUGUGUACCAUGUCUACAUAACGGUACACACUGUAUUCCUGCUCUUGUGGUACCACAAACAAACUAUUCAAAAAGUGUUCCUAUCAUUAUUGGUACUAAUUUUAUUCGUAUUUGUAG